AUGUUUGCAUUACAUCAUAUCAAUUGGUGGUACAUGAUCAUUCAUCGUUCAAACGGAAAAAAAUGGAGAUAUAUGAUUUUGGAUGAGGCUCACAAUAUUAAAAACUUCAGAUCAGCUAGAUGGCGGGCAUUAUUGAAUUUCAACACAGAGAACAGGUUGCUUUUGACUGGUACUCCUCUACAGAACAAUCUUAUGGAAUUGUGGUCUUUACUAUAUUUCCUCAUGCCUUCCUCUAAAAUUGAUCAAAUGAUGCCCGAUGGAUUUGCUAAUUUUGAAGAUUUUCAACAGUGGUUUGGAAAACCUGUUGACAAGAUCUUAGAGAAGACAACAACGGGUGAUAUCAUAGAUGAGAAUGUGACAAAACAACUAGACAAAGAAACGCGAGACACAGUGGCCCGUCUCCAUCAGGUCCUUCGUCCAUACUUGUUGCGCCGUUUGAAAAAGGAUGUUGAAAAACAAAUGCCAGGAAAGUAUGAGCAUAUUGUUUACUGUCGAUUAUCUAAAAGACAGCGAUACCUAUAUGAUGAUUUUAUGUCUCGUGCUAAAACAAAAGAAACCUUGUCUUCAGGUAAUUUCUUGUCGAUUAUCAAUUGCUUGAUGCAAUUGAGGAAGGUCUGUAACCACCCAGAUCUAUUCGAAGUGCGGCCUUAUUGUCACGUCGUUUGCGAUGAAUAA